UCAGCGCAGGCGCAGUUUAGAGUCCCAGUUUCAAAGCUGGAGUAGUAUAUAGUAGUAGUAUAUCGUAGUAGUAUUAUAGUAGUAUUAUAUCAGUAACGCUGUGCCUGGAAUAUGAGCGUGAUGUUAGUGUUUUUCAUGGUGGCAGCAGUUCUGUUUUCUUCAAAUAUCCUACAUGGCUUGCCACACAGUUAUUCUCAGUCGAGUCAACAUGUCACCGGAUCAGAUCUCUUCACGGAGAAAUACUUCCUCCAGCUGGUGGAUCACUUCAACUUUAACAGCAUGGGGAAUGCAACAUUCAGUCAGCGUUUCCUGAUCGCAGACAAGUUCUGGAAAAGGAACUCUGGCCCCAUCUUCUUCUACACUGGCAAUGAGGGCGACAUCUGGGAGUUUGCCCUGAACUCCGGCUUCAUCCUGGAGUUGGCUGCUCAGCUCAAAGCACUGGUCAUUUAUGGUGAACAUAGAUAUUAUGGCCGGUCUCUGCCGUUCGGCAGCGACUCCUUUAACAUCCCUCAGGUGGGUUUCCUGACGGUGGAGCAGGCUCUGGCCGACUACGCCGUCAUGAUCACCGAGCUGAAGCAGCAGCUGGCGGCCGCUCACUGUCCCGUCAUUGUGUUUGGGGGCAGUUAUGGUGGAAUGCUGUCAGUGUUCAUGAGACUCAGAUAUCCCAACAUCGUGGCCGGGGCUCUGGCAGCCAGCGCCCCCAUCCUGUCUACUGCUGGCCUUGGAGACUCCAGACAGUUCUUCAGAGAUGUUACAGCUGAUUAUGAGAACAUUGCUACUGAAUGUCGAGAUGCCGUCAGAGGAGCGUUUCAUCAGCUAAAAGAAUUAGCUGAGCGCCAAGAUUACAGUUCCAUCCAGACAGAACUGUUCCUGUGUGAGGCUCCGUCCUCUGUCCAGGACGUCCAGCAGCUCAACGGGCUGCUGAGGAACGCCUUCACCCUCAUGGCCAUGCUGGACUACCCGUACAGCACGCACUUCAUGGGCAACAUGCCUGCCAACCCCGUCAAGGUGGCCUGUGAAACUAUGCUGCGAGGAUCUGACCUCCUGGCUAAUCUGAGGAACACUGCAGGGAUUGUAUACAAUUCGACGGGGCGGCUGAGUUGUUUUGACCUCUACUCUCUGUACGUGGAGUGUGCUGAUCCUACUGGAUGUGGACUGGGCUCUGACAGUCUGGCCUGGGACUACCAGGCAUGCACGGAGGUGGAGCUUUGUUAUGAGAGCAAUAAUGUGACUGACAUGUUUCCCGCCAUGACCUUCACUGAGAAACAGCGUGAGAUUUACUGCUCCAAACGCUGGGCUGUUGUUCCAAGACCCGGCUGGCUCAAAAUCCAGUUCUGGGGUGAAGCUCUCUCUACAGCCAGCAACAUUAUAUUCUCAAAUGGAGACUUGGACCCAUGGGCAAACGGAGGGGUGCGCCAGUCUUUGAGCUCUUCACUAAUAGCUCUCAACAUUUCUGGAGGGGCACAUCAUCUGGACCUCAGAGGGUCCAAUGAUGCUGAUCCGGUGUCCGUCAUCAGUGCCAGAAAGAACGAAGCAGAGCUCAUUGCAGAAUGGGUGAAGAUGGAAAGGAAUAGAUUACAAAAGUCACUUUAAACCUUUACUUUUCAGUUAGUUUCCCAACUGGGAUUUUGCAAUGUCAAUUUUCUCCUGUCAAAUUGUACAUUUCUAUUUUUGAUCUAAAUGUGAGUGAAAUAAAUACAUUUAAAG